AAGCAUUCCCAGUUUCUUUCAUCUUGAAAAUAUAACUAUGAAUUAUAGUCAAAUAAAAAAACUAGAUGAAGAAACUUUAGAAAAACUGACUGAAGGCACAGGGCCCAGCGACCAAUGCCUGUGUUCGAUACUAGCACCGCCUGAUGGUGAGAAAAAAGGGUUCAGAGCAUCAAUCAAGAAGGCACUAGCGUCGUUUGGAGGAAGAGGCGGGAAAAACAGAGCGGUGUACGGACAGAAUAGCGUUGACAUACCACUUACUUUUUCAAAGGGAGGAAAAGCCAAAUGACGUCCACUGCUGAACAAAGGCCU